UCAACACUCAAGCGCUACGAGUCCAUCUGCGGAGAGUCAAGUAAAAUAGCUAAUUCCGAGAUGAAUUCGCUUAAACUUUUUAACCUGGCCAUUUUACUCGCUGUCUUCAUCAAACCUAGUCAAUGUAAAACGAUUUUAUGUAAAACCCUAGAGGUCAGAGGUAAAUUGCAAGAAAUUUGCCAAGCCAUUUGUGAUGAGAACUGCGCCUAUGGCGUUUGUGACUAUAAACCCAAACGUUGCAUUUGCAACAAAGGUUAUCAUCCUGAGAACAAUAAAUGUCAGCCCGAUUGUGUCAAAGGAUGUCCGGCGAAUGCCACUUGCGUCGUGGGCAGCAACAAUUGUCGCUGCAACGUUGGCUACGAAGAAGAUGCCUCAGGCCAAUGCGUGCCCAUCUGCAGUGAGAAGUGCAACGAAAACAGCUUUUGUGCAGCACCAAACACCUGCCACUGUAUGCCGGGCUACGAGCAGACUACCAAUGGCUGUCAGCCGAUUUGUAGCGAAGGAUGUGAGGCGCACGCGCAUUGUACCGCGCCCAAUGUGUGCACCUGCGACGCCGGCUAUGAAGCGAUCACCAACACUAGCGAAAAAUGUCAACCCAUCUGCGAUGUGGCACGCUGUGGCAAUGCCACCACUUGCCUGCAACCUGGGGUUUGUGAAUGUGUCGCAGGUUACACGCGGCGCAACGACAGUAUCGAUUGUCUGCCCGUAUGUCCGGGAGGUUGUGGACCGCACGGCAUCUGCGUAGCGCCCGCGCAUUGUGCGUGUGUGGCGGGUUACGUGCGCCACGAUGAGGCAUGCCGGCCCAAAUGCCCACGCGCAUGCGGCCUUAAUGCGUAUUGUUCUCAACCGGAAGUGUGCCAAUGCAUAGAAGGUUUCGAGAAUAGGGCAAUCGGAGAUUUGGAGCAGAGUUGUCAACCAAUUUGUGUGAAUGAUUGUCCUCUCCAUGCAUAUUGCGCUGCACCAAACCAGUGCCACUGCAUCGCCGGCUACUCGCUCAUCGACCACACUUGCGUAGCGCACUGCACGGAUACGUGUGGCAAGCAUAGCAGUUGCAUAGCGCCCGACACCUGCCGCUGUAAUGUUGGCUUUUUGGAACAGCAUGGAGAAUGUGUGAGCUCGGCCCAACUGCAGAAAUGUGUGAAGGAAAUGAGAGUGCUCUUCAUUAGCAUGCAUGUGCCAUGUGUUACGAACUCUUUUGUUAUGAAUUUGUUUUAUGGAGCGCUAAUCGGUUUAAUUUUGGUAUGUGGCCUUAUCACCUACAAGGGUUUGCAGCAUUUGCGACAGAAAGUGCCCACGCGUGACGGAAAUUACACGCAAUCGCCACCGAAUUAUGUGAUCACUUAUCAGCCCCGCGGCGGUGAAAACGCCGAGGCAGUCAUAGAAGCGGAAUGUGAUAUGGCCAGCGCUAGCUACAGCCAACCGCCAGUCUAUAAUACGCUCACACAGAAGUGUUGAAGACAUGAAAGGCGCUUUAUGUUGGCAUUAUUAUUUUUAUGCAUUUUUGUAAACUAAUUUUAAUUAAAAUUCUUCUUCUGCGAAGUAGCUUGUUAGGGUCACAAUUAUUUAGUAGACUUUGACUGACAUUUCACGAUCAUUAUUUAUGCACAUUAGACUGCAUCACCAAAGAAAGGUGCGGGUUUUCCGGCGCGAUUACAAAAUCUAGUAUAUUCUAAGACUUCUACAAAAAUAUUUCGGAAAAAAUAUUAGGAUCUCACGUAAAUCUCACUCAACUUUUCGAGGUAUGUUCACAUUGGUCCAGCUCACGUAAAUCUUAAUAGUUUUGUGAGAUAUUUUGGCGAAAGUCUUAAAAUAUAAUAGAUUUUAUAGUUCUAGUGGAAAAAGAGUACCGAUUUUUUUUUUUUGUAUCGGGAGUGAUGCCGUCUAAUGUACUUGCGUUAUUAUGAUAAAUAUUUAAUGUUUUUUACAUGUAUUUACAUACACACAUAUGUACUUCACAAAACUCUUUCUAGGAGAAGCGGUUAGAAUUACUGAAUAGUCCUAAAAUUUUAACUACAUAUAUAUUUUAUAAUUUGAAUGAAAAGCAAAAAGAGGAUAAAAGAAAUAAAAUUUGGGCACUUUUUAUUGUCUUCUUA